UCCACACCAACUCUUUCCACCAACUCUUCCAAUUGGCAUGCCAUUGUUGACUAAACAUAAACCAACACCUUCAUGAACUGUGAAGUAAAUCAUAUGAUACAUCAAUCACAUACAUCAACGAUUAAAAAUUAUUGGUCAUGUGCUUCAAGCUGUAUAUUGAUAAAUACAACACACACCGUUCCUCUAUCAGAACUCUUUCUGCGCCCAUGAUAUUGUUCAGGCCUCAUAAUGUGAUUGAGAUCAAUUAAAUAAGGUAGGAUAUGAUGUCUGUUCCAUUCUAGAUAUGAGUUAAUUUACACUGAUGUUGGAAUAUAAAAUACUGCUGAUGUUGUAUCACUCUGCGUGCUUUUUCCUUUACUGCCAAGCAUAAAGUGAUGAAGGGGGCGAGAGCUGGUGAAGAAGAAAGAAAAGGAGAGUUGAGCAUGGAUUUUCCCCGAUUGGUGGUCAAUCCUUUUAGAAAGUGAAUUGAACACAAAUGAUGGUGAAGAUUACAAUAGGAGUUUUCUUCAAAGCUUGCAGAAAACUAUUGCUUAUACUUCACUUUUCUUUUUGCUAUCCUUUGCAGAAAAUUUCGGUGAUUGUUAAACCUGAUCGUGUCGAGUAUGGAGAUAUGUGUUCUACAAGCUCCAUUUUGACUUUUUCAUGCAGUUCCAUAAGGCUUGAGGGCUCCUCCAAGUGGAUGAACUUACCAUUUACAUAUGAAUGGGCACACUGUGAUAUUCUCACUAUUAACUCCGUGUGGUACAAAAUUGUUAAAACUGCCCUUGUGGAAUUGCAUCUCAAAUCCAAUGAAAAUUCAGGCGCUGUUGUGUUAAAGUUUGCUUUGUUCCACCCUGAUUGGUCUGAAACACAAGAAGCAAUUAAGAUGCUGGAUGUGAGAUACAAAGAUAAAUGGAAUGACAUUACAUCACUUGAUUGCACGAGGAGCUACAGUCCAUUUUUUGGGCAGAAAAGCAGUUCAGUUUCAAAGCAUUAUCAUCCCAAAGAUAACUUUGAAGAAGUUAUUUUUCCAGAAGGGGAUCCAGAUGCAGUUUCCAUAAGUAAGAGAGAUGUUGAUCUAUUACAGCCUAAGAAUUUUAUCAAUGAUACCAUCAUCGACUUUUACAUUAUGUAUCUUAGGAACAAAAUCAAUCCAGAGGAGAAAGAUAGGUUCCAUUUUUUCAAUAGCUUUUUCUUCAGAAAGCUUGCUGAUCUGGACAAAGAUCCUACUAGAGCUUGUGAAGGUAGAGCUGCUUUCCAGCGAGUUCGUAGAUGGACUACAAAAGUUAAUCUUUUUGGAAAGGAUUACAUUUUUAUUCCCGUCAACUUCAGUCUCCACUGGAGUUUGAUAGUCAUCUGUCACCCUGGCGAGGUUGUUACCUUUAGAGGAGAGGAAGAAAUGAAGAAAUCAUCUAGGGUACCAUGUAUCUUGCACAUGGACUCAAUCAGAGGGAGCCACAAAGGCCUGAAGAAUCUUUUACAAAGUUACUUAUUGGAAGAGUGGAAAGAGAGGCACAAGGAAGUAUCAGAGGAUGUUGCAAGGAAGUUCUCGAAUCUGCCCUUUUUCAGUCUCAAGCUGCCACAGCAGGAAAACUCAUUUGAUUGUGGCCUUUUUCUGCUACAUUAUGUGGAACUUUUUCUGGAGCAGGCUCCGGUCAACUUCAACCUCUCCAAAACAACUACAUCGUCCAAAUUUCUUGCAGGAGAUUGGUUCUCAACUGAAGAUGUUGAUUGCAAACGUGACCAUAUUAGACGAUUGAUCAGUGAAAUUACAAAAAAUAGAGUUCAGAAGGUUUCUUCAGCUGAUUCUGAUGACAACUAUUCUUUACAUUGCUUAGAGGAGGAAAAUAUUUGUAAGAAUGUUCCUCAGGAAACUUGGAAUGCCAGAGAAGCAUGUCCUGGUGGUGACUUGAGCUCACAUGAGGCUGAACUUCUUACUAUGUCUCCUGUAGCCAACCUUAUUAGGGGUUUGAAGAGUGCUGCAGUAUCAGAAGUGGUUUCUAGAGAUUUGUUGCAAGCACCAGAUUCUGCAAAGCCACCCACUUAUGACAAUGAUGAGCAAAAGGCACUACUGGAUCCAUUUAGGAAUGUCAUGUCACCAAUAGAGGAAGAUGCAAUUGGGGAGCAAAUGUCUAUAUCACCAGCCAUCAAAGCAGGGAGCCAGCCCAUUGAAAUUUUUGCAGCACCACAUGCUUCCAGCAGUUCUAAAGCAGAAACCCUGUUUCCUGGAAGAGAGAGUCUUCUUAGCAAAAAGAUAACUCCAGGUUGUCAAAGUUAUGGAUGUCGAUCUCCAUAUUCACUAGAUGAUGAAGAGCUUAAGGCUGAAGUAGAGGAGGUUUCCGCUCCUGAUGCAGCAAAAUUUGACUCACCAAUUUCGGCAGAGGAACUUGCAGGCUAUAUUGUUUUGGACUCUCAGGAGGAAGAUGAAAACCAUGAUCCGAAUGGUCUGGAGAAUAACCUACCCACUACAGCCACUAUUUCUGCUUCGUGCCACAAGGAGGUUAACUCCACUGAUAUCUAUGAUUACAAAGUAAAUGAAAAGAUAUUGUCUUCACAAUUAGUAGAGCAGGCUGCAAAGAAGCCAAGGCCCGUGCCUGAAGUUUUGGAGGUGUCCAGUUCUGGAACAGGGAAAAACGUAACUGCGCCUUCUUCAACAUCAUGUGAGGAAGUUGCAAGCUUAUAUAUCCAGGAUUCAGAGGUGGUCAACUCUGCGAAUUGUAGUGAAGUAGAUAAUUUAGGACCAACAACAGGAUCCAGUAUCAAGCGUGUUGCAGGGCAGAUGAGGUCUUUGUUUCGCCGUCGACGAAGAGGCGGAUAGACCUGCCAGGAGACUUAAAUAUUCAUAAUGGACUUGUAUGCACAGCGUUUUUGGUUGAUAUGGAUUUCGAAGGAAGUAGGUACACCUGUAAAUACACCUACUGUCUCAACAAUGAAUCUUGCCAACUUUCCCCUUUGGCCACCUUUUUGUCCAGAACUAUCUAUGCGGAGGAAAUACGUGUAUAUAUAUAUAAACAUUUAUGGUUGAA